UGGGCAUAGAGCAAAACAGAAGACAAGUUCAAGAUAACAUUAAAACACACAAUCAACCAAACAGUCUACACAGAAUCUCUUUUUUUGUUUCAUUUUCCUUUUCAAUCCCAUUCUUUCCUCUGUAUAAUCAAACCCAAUUUCUGCCUUCGCUUCCCACUACAAAAUUAACCAUUUUGUUUUUAUCUCUCUUGUGUUCUUGUUUUUCUUUUCUCUAUGUGUCCAGUAAUGGCUCCUAGCUUAAGCAAAGCUAGUUCCGGGGCUACAGGGCUCGUUGAGACCUAUAACCAGUCUGGCAUCUCUCUUGAGGGAUCAAACUUCACUGCCAAUGGCCAUGUCUUUCUCUCCGACGUCCCUGAGAAUAUCAAAGUCACUCCCUCUCCCUAUACCCAACCAGCUGACAAAUCUUUAUCAACCGUCGGAUCCUUCAUUGGGUUCAACGCCAUGGAAGCCAAGGACCGUCACGUUGUUCCCAUUGGGAAACUCAAGAACAUACGGUUCAUGAGCAUUUUCAGGUUCAAGGUCUGGUGGACUACCCAUUGGGUCGGCUCCAGUGGCAGAGACCUUGAAAAUGAAACCCAGAUGGUUGUUCUUGAUAAGUCGUCCGAUUCUGGCCACCGUCCCUAUGUUCUCCUUCUUCCUCUUCUUGACGGUCCAUUUCGAGCCUCUCUCCAGCCCGGAGAGGACGACAAUAUUGAUAUUUGCGUCGAAAGUGGCUCCUCCAAAGUCUCCGCCACCGGAUUCCGGAGCAUUCUUUAUCUGCAUGUCGGCGACGAUCCGUUCAACCUGGUGAAGGAGGCGAUGAAGGUGGUUAGGCAUCAUUUGGGUACUUUCAGGCUGUUGGAGGAGAAGAAUCCUCCAGGAAUAGUGGACAAGUUUGGGUGGUGCACCUGGGAUGCCUUCUAUCUUACAGUGCACCCUCAAGGUAUUUGGGAAGGUGUCAAGGGUCUCGUCGACGGUGGGUGCCCACCUGGUCUGGUCUUGAUCGAUGAUGGGUGGCAAUCUAUCAGCCAUGAUGAGGACCCAAUCAACAAAGAAGGCAUGAACCACACAAUCGCCGGCGAGCAAAUGCCAUGCAGGCUAUUGAAAUUUCAAGAGAAUUACAAAUUCAGGGAAUACGUGAGUCCCAAAAGCUUGGCCGCGGGUGCCACUGACAAGGGCAUGGGUGCCUUUAUCAAGGACCUUAAGGAGGAAUUUAACACUGUAGACUAUGUAUACGUGUGGCACGCACUGUGUGGUUACUGGGGUGGUCUCAGACCAAAUGUCCCCGGACUUCCAGACGCGACAGUGGUAAAGCCAAAAUUGUCGCCGGGAUUGGAGUUGACGAUGGAGGACCUGGCGGUGGACAAGAUCGUGAACAAUGGAGUUGGGCUGGUGCCGCCGGAGCAGGUAGAUGAAAUGUACGAGGGUCUUCACUCGCACUUGGAAACCGUCGGAAUUGACGGCGUCAAAGUGGACGUUAUCCAUUUGUUGGAAAUGCUUUGUGAAAACCAUGGAGGGAGAGUAGAUCUGGCAAAGGCGUAUUACAAGGCAUUAACAGCUUCAAUAAGGAAGCAUUUCAAUGGAAAUGGGGUGAUUGCUAGUAUGGAGCACUGCAACGAUUUCAUGUUUCUGGGAACCGAGGCCAUCUCCCUUGGUCGUGUUGGUGAUGAUUUUUGGUGCACUGAUCCAUCUGGGGAUCCAAAUGGUACAUUUUGGCUUCAAGGUUGUCACAUGGUGCAUUGUGCUUAUAAUAGCUUGUGGAUGGGCAAUUUUAUACACCCAGACUGGGAUAUGUUUCAGUCUACUCAUCCUUGUGCUGAGUUCCAUGCUGCUUCUAGGGCAAUUUCUGGUGGCCCUAUUUACGUUAGUGACUCAGUUGGAAAGCACAACUUUUCAUUGCUUAAACGUCUUGUUUUGCCUGACGGUUCGAUUCUCCGGUGCCAGUACUAUGCUCUUCCGACUAGAGAUUGCCUUUUCCAGGACCCUCUCCAUGAUGGCAAGACCAUGCUCAAAAUUUGGAACCUCAACAAGUUUACAGGAGUUAUUGGAAUAUUCAACUGCCAAGGAGGGGGUUGGUGUAGGGAGACAAGAAGAAACAAAUGUGCCUCCCAAUUUUCUCACCUGGUGACUACCAAAACCAAUGCUAAAGACAUCGAAUGGAACAGUGGCAAGAACCCAAUCUCUAUUGAAGGAGUUCAAGUAUUUGCCAUGUACUUGUCCCAAGCCAAGAAGCUUCUCCUCUCCAAGCCACAUGACAAGAUUGAAAUAUCACUAGAGCCAUUCAAUUUUGAACUUGUCACUGUCUCUCCAGUUAUAAUCCCAGAAGGAAAAUCAGUUCAAUUUGCACCCAUUGGCCUGGUAAACAUGCUCAACACUGGUGGUGCAAUCCAGUCAAUGGCCUACAAUGACACCGAUGGAUACUUCCGAAUCGGGGUAAGGGGUCCCGGAGAAAUGAGGGUGUUUGCUUCAGAGAAGCCAAGAAAUUGCAGAAUUGAUGGAAGAGAAGUUGAAUUUGAGUAUGAGAAGUGCAUGGUUGUUAUUCAAGUACCAUGGUCUACUUCCUCCGGUGUGUCCAUGGUUGAAUACUUGUUUUAGAGCUAGUUGUUAAUUAAUAGCUUAACGACAUUAUUAUGAUUAUUGUUAUUAUCCUCCUCUAAAACUAGGGAGAAGUGAGCAACUAUGUAGUAUUAAGACUUUAUGGUAUAAUAAACUUGUAAAUAUUAUAUUUCUCCAA